UCUCGCGGGCCGCCCGGCCGCGGCGGCGGCUCGGCGCGGGCUCCUCCCGCCUCGCCACCCCCUCUCGCCACCCACGCCCGCCCCCGGCCGCGGGGCCUUCCGUCGCACGGCCGCCGCCCGCCGCACUCCGCGUCUGCCCCGCCACCGAGCCGGCCAUGGAACCCCGAGCCCCCCGCCGCCGACACACCCACCAGCGCGGCUACCUGCUGACGCGGGACCCGCAUCUCAACAAGGACUUGGCUUUUACUCUGGAAGAGAGACAGCAGCUGAACAUUCAUGGACUGUUGCCGCCCAGCAUCAUCAGCCAGGAGAUCCAGGUCCUUAGAGUAAUUAAGAAUUUUGAGCGUCUGAACUCUGACUUUGACAGGUAUCUUCUGUUAAUGGAUCUGCAAGACAGAAAUGAGAAGCUCUUUUACAGUGUGCUCAUGUCUAAUGUUGAAAAGUUCAUGCCUAUCGUUUAUACUCCCACUGUGGGCCUUGCGUGCCAGCAAUACAGUUUGGUAUUCCGGAAGCCAAGAGGCCUCUUCAUUAGUAUCCACGACAAAGGGCAUAUUGCUUCAGUUCUGAAUGCAUGGCCGGAAGACGUUGUGAAGGCUAUUGUGGUAACUGAUGGAGAGCGUAUCCUUGGCCUGGGAGACCUUGGUUGUAAUGGGAUGGGCAUCCCUGUGGGUAAACUGGCCCUGUACACAGCAUGUGGAGGAGUGAAUCCACAACAGUGUCUACCCAUCACUUUGGACGUGGGAACAGAAAAUGCGGAGUUACUUAAAGACCCAUUGUACAUUGGACUGCGGCAUAGGCGAGUGAGAGGUCCUGAGUAUGAUGCCUUUCUGGAUGAAUUCAUGGAGGCAGCUUCUUCCAAAUAUGGCAUGAAUUGCCUUAUUCAGUUUGAAGAUUUUGCCAAUCUGAAUGCAUUUCGUCUCCUGAACAAGUACCGAAACAAGUAUUGCACAUUUAACGAUGAUAUUCAAGGAACAGCGUCUGUUGCGGUGGCGGGUCUCCUUGCAGCUCUUCGAAUAACCAAGAACAAGCUCUCUGAUCAGACAGUGCUGUUCCAGGGAGCUGGAGAGGCUGCUUUGGGGAUUGCUCACCUUAUUGUUAUGGCCAUGGAGAAGGAAGGUUUAUCCAAGGAGGAAGCUAGAAAGAAGAUAUGGCUGGUUGACUCAAAGGGAUUAAUAGUUAAGGGGCGUGCUUCUCUCACAGAAGAGAAAGAGGUGUUUGCCCAGGAACAUGAAGAAAUGAAGAACCUAGAAGCCAUUGUUCAAAAGAUAAAACCAACUGCCCUCAUAGGAGUCGCUGCAAUUGGUGGUGCUUUCACGGAACAAAUUCUCAAGGAUAUGGCCGACUUCAACGAGCGGCCGAUCAUCUUUGCUUUGAGUAAUCCGACCAGCAAAGCUGAGUGUUCAGCAGAGCAGUGCUAUAAAGUGACCAAGGGGCGUGCAAUCUUUGCCAGCGGCAGUCCUUUUGAUCCAGUCACUCUCCCAGAUGGACGGACUCUGUUUCCUGGCCAAGGCAACAAUUCCUACGUGUUCCCUGGAGUUGCUCUUGGGGUAGUGGCCUGCGGACUGAGACACAUUGCUGAUAAGGUCUUCCUCACCACUGCUGAGGUGAUAUCUCAGCAAGUGUCAGAUAAACACCUAGAAGAAGGCCGGCUCUAUCCUCCUUUGAAUACCAUUCGAGAUGUUUCCUUGAAAAUCGCAGUAAAGAUUGUGCAAGAUGCAUACAAAGAAAAGAUGGCCACUGUUUAUCCUGAACCCCAAAACAAAGAAGAAUUUGUCUCCUCCCAGAUGUACAGCACUAAUUAUGACCAGAUCCUACCUGAUUGUUAUUCAUGGCCUGAAGAUGUCCAGAAAAUACAGACCAAAGUCAAUCAGUAACACAACAGCUAGAAUUUUUAACUUUAAUAAUAAGAUCUUGAAGUUUUCAUGAUUUUUAAGGGUCAGAAUCUUUUAUGAUGAUUCAUAGUGUGCUUAGAAUAAGGCGAUUUUAAUUUAAUAACAAACUCAUUGGAGUAUAUUAGUAUAAAUUAGGAUGAACUUCACACUAGAGUUUAGUUUCACUAAAUAUACUGUGGAUAUUUAUGUUUUCUCUUGUGAUUCAUCUCUUUACGAAUUCUGUUUAAAAGCUACUGUAGCUGCUGCUGAGAAGUUCCUCACUGACCUGUGGGCGGCGAGUGGAAGCCCCGCACUAGUAAUGAGUAGAGCAGAACUGGAUCACA